AUGACUGAUGAAAUGUCGUCGGGUGAACCGUUGAAGGACCUAGCCGCGCUGAGACAGCUGCUCGAGAACGAGACAGGCGGCACAUCAUGUCCCAGUUGCAACAUGCCCUUCGACAAGGGCAAAAAGAGGAAGCUCAUCGACACCUGCGGGCAUGAGCGCUGCUACGCCUGCAUGUUCAGGAACGAAGCGUGCCCCAUCUGCGCUAGGAACAGCCAAGGGAGACGCAAGCAGAUGGAGAGAUACACCCCCUCGCCGCAGAGGCAGUUCGAACAGGACUGGCAGUCGCCGAUGCGGCUGCCGAAGCCUCCGAAGCAACCAUCGACCCUCGCCCAGAGCUGCCCGACGCCACCACACAACAGGCGGAGGUUCUUCCUCAGCCCAAAGUCCCUACGGAGCCCGUUCGGGCAGCGCGCAUCACGGCACUCCCACGAGAACCACGUCCCACUGUCCGGGUUGCCAGAAGAAGGGGCGAGGAACGCAGCGUGGCAUAGCCUGGUGUUCAAUAAGAUCAGGUCUCUCUGGUCGACCCAUUCGUCCGUACCGCAAGGAUUGAACCAGUUGACAGAUGACGAGGGCGGCCACAUUAAGCAAGGCUUUGAGGCGCGCAGGCAGAACGACCUCUACAUGCGCCUGGGCCUGCUGUUAGGGGAGAGACGGGGCUCCAGGAACAAGUCUAGGGAUAGCUGCACCUCCCUAGCGUCUUUGGACGCCCACACCCUCGCCUCGCACAACACAAGCCCGGUGUCAACGCUGACUGGUUCCUCCGAAGUGGAUGCCGCGACACCGUUAGGUCGAGACUCCCUUGGCUCGCUGGCGUCGAUGUCGCUGUCUGCUGCCAGCAACUGCUCAUCCUCGAGUCCUGGUAGCAGACGACAUUCCGUCAACGCGCUGCAAAGUCGGCCGGAGGAGCUGACGCGCAUGUCGAGUGGGUUCUUCAAGAACCGGAAGACGGCGGCGCGGAGGUCCGCCAGGGCGAGCAGCAGCAAAUCCUCUACCUCCUCGGACAUAAAAAAAGUGCACCCAGCCCCACAGCUGAACCUCAGGCCGCUGUUCUUCGAAGUUCCAUCCACCGACAACCAGGAGAACUUCUCCGGCCGCCAGUGGCUGCUGAAGGACAUGGAGAAAGCCCUGGAGUCCACAUCAUCAGGCAUCCUAAUAUCGGGCAGUCCUGGCACCGGGAAGACCGCACUAGUACUCCAGCUGGUGGAACAUUCCUGCUUCGGGAGGAAGCGAAACUUCGAGUACGAGGAGCUGAGGGAGCAGUCCGACUUGGGAGAGAUACUCCCCGAGGAGUUGGUCGAGGGGAUGUUCACGCAUCUGGCGUCGCAAGUUGUCGCCUACCACUUCUGUCAGGCGGACAACAACAGCACUUGCUUGGUGGGGGAGUUCGUCCACUCGCUCGCAGCCCAGCUCUGCCAAGCGCCGAGGCUGCAAUCCUACAGGGAGUAUUUGCUCAGCGAGCCGCACCUGCUCUCCUGCCUCUCGCUCAAAGAGUGCAUCGCCGACCCGGACCUGGCCUUCAUGAGGGGCAUCAUAGAGCCGCUGGCCACCCUCCGCAGGAGCGGGGGCAUAGACAACGGCAACAGCAUCGUGCUGGUCGACGGCCUCUGCGAAGCGGAGUACCACAGACCAGACCACGGGUACACCAUAGCGUCGUUCCUAGCGCGCCACGUCGCCGAAAUGCCUAACUGGUUGAAGAUCGUGGCAACAGUCAGGACCCAGUUCCUGGAGCUGACCAAGCAGCUGCCCUACACGAGGCUCAGCCUGGACGAGUCGGAGAACGUCCACAAAGACCUGCUGAGGUACUUCAACGCCCGGCUCCAGGCGGCGCCCAUCAUUGAGACGAACAUAAAGUGCUCCACGGGCAAGACGGAGAGCGCGCACAACUCCGUGAUGAAGUUCGCGCAGUACGUGCUGCACCUGAGCCAGGGGUCGUUCCUCUUCCUCAAGCUCAUCCUGGACCUGCUGGAGAGGAGCCACAUAGUGGUCAAGUCGACCAACUACAAAGUGGUCCCGAUAUCGCUAGCCCAGAUAUUCCUGCUGCAGUUCAACCUCCGCUUCCCGACCGUCCAAUCCUUCGAGAAGGUCACCCACAUCCUCAGCGUUUGCCUGGCGGCGCUGUACCCCCUCACCCUGGUCGAGAUAUACUACUCGGUGAACUCUUUGCUGGUGGACACCUUCCUGCCCUGGGACGAGUUCUGCCACCGCUUCGAGGGCCUCGCCGACUUCCUGGUGAAGAGGAUCGACAACACGUACAUGUUCUUCCACCCCUCGUUCAGGGAGUGGCUGAUGAGGCGGGAGGACGGCGAGAGCGUGAAGUUCCUCUGCGACCUUCGCGCCGGACACUGCGGGAUAGCCUACCGCCUGUCCAGGGUCCAGGCGCCGUUAGACCCCGAGAAGACCAUGGAACUCGGCCACCACAUCCUGAAAGCGCACAUGUACAGGAACCUGGGACCGGCUCAGCUGGGCCUCUGCCCGAGGGAUCUUCAGGCGAUGAUGGUGGCCACCAGCUCGGCGAACGUUGGCGAGGCGAUAGCGAAUUUGAGGAACAUCUACACGCCGAACGUAAAGGUGUCCCGUCUGAUGCUGCUGGCGGGCGGCUCGCCCAACCAGAUCACGGACUGCUUGGGCAACGCGCCGCUGCUCUGCAUGUACUCCUACCAAGGGAUCCUCGCGAUGGUGGGCCUGCUCAUCGAGUUCGGUGCCGACCUGGAGAUGACCAACUCGCAGGGCUGCACGGCAUUGUCGCUCGCCUGCCAGAGAGGGCACACCGACGUCGCCAAGAGACUCAUCGCUGCUGGUUCGUCGCUCAGCCACACGGACACGGCGGAGCAGACGCCGCUGGUGCACGCGGCGAAGAACGGCCACCGCGACACCGUCAUCUACCUGCUGGGCUGCCAGGCGGCGGGCGGCGGCGGCGCGGAGGGGCACGGCAGCCUCGAGCAGCUCGUCCCCGGCUCGAGGCACGCGCUCAUAGCGGCCGCGCAGAGCGGACACCUGGACAUCGUCGAGUACCUGCUCGACACCGCCGAGCUCAUGCCGGACGGCGUGUGCCCGGUGACGGGCGAGACGGCGCUGACGGCGGCGUGCGGCGCGGGCCACGCGUGCGUGGCGGACGCGCUGCUGGUGCGCGGCGCCACCGCCUACUCGCCGAACGCGCGCCGCGUGUCGCCGCUGGCGCUGGCGGCGCGCGGCGGCCGCGCGGGAUUGCCAGCCCUAGCGACGAAGCGAGAGGAUCGGGCGCUGGAGCGCGGCGCCGACCCGGACGCCGUCGACGCCGACGGGAUAUCCGCCCUCGGCUGGGCGUGCCUUCGAUCCCGGAUCUCCACCGCCAUGCUGUUGCUGGACAAAGGAGCGUCCAUAGAGCAGGCGGACGGCAGCGGGCGCACCGCGCUGGCGCUGGCGUGCGGCGGGCCGGCCGAGCUGGCCGAGAUGCUGCUGGAGCGUGGAGCCUCGCUGGAGCGCGUCGACCUCAGCGGGCUGCGGCCGCUCGACCGCGCCAUCGGACAGCGCAACGUGCCCGUGCGUGCCUCUCUCUCUUGCCCUCCCUCUGUCUCCCUCUCACCCCGCUGGAGCGCGUCGACCUCAGCGGGCUGCGGCCGCUCGACCGCGCCAUCGGACAGCGCAACGUGCCCGUGCGUCGCUCUCUCUCUUGCCCUCCCUCUGUCUCCCUCUCACCCCGCUGGAGCGCGUCGACCUCAGCGGGCUGCGGCCGCUCGACCGCGCCAUCGGACAGCGCAACGUGCCCGUGCGUGCCUCUCUCUCUUGCCCUCCCUCUGUCUCCCUCUCACCCCGCUGGAGCGCGUCGACCUCAGCGGGCUGCGGCCGCUCGACCGCGCCAUCGGACAGCGCAACGUGCCCGUGCGUGCCUCUCUCUCUUGCCCUCCCUCUGUCUCCCUCUCACCCCGCUGGAGCGCGUCGACCUUAGCGGGCUGCGGCCGCUCGACCGCGCCAUCGGACAGCGCAACGUGCCCGUGCGUGCCUCUCUCUCUUGCCCUCUCUCUGUCUCUCUCUUACCCCGCUGGAGCGCGUCGACCUCAGCGGGCUGCGGCCGCUCGACCGCGCCAUCGGACAGCGCAACGUGCCCGUGCGUGCCUCUCUCUCUUGCCCUCCCUCUGUCUCCCUCUCACCCCGCUGGAGCGCGUCGACCUCAGCGGGCUGCGGCCGCUCGACCGCGCCAUCGGACAGCGCAACGUGCCCGUGCGUGCCUCUCUCUCUUGCCCUCUCUCCGUCUCUCUCUCACCCCGCGUCGUCAACUGUUUCCUGAGGAAGGGCGCGAAGCUUGGCCCUACCACGUGGGUUAUGGCGUCCGGCAAACCUGAAUUUAUGCUGAUCCUGCUGAACAAGCUGCUGGAGGACGGCAACCAGCUGUACCGCAAGAACCGGCCUUCGGAAGCCGCCCACCGCUACCAGUACGCGCUGAAGAAGAUCGCCCCGCUGGUGGGCGACGACGCGCCCCCCGACCAGGUGUCGGCCUUCGUGCAGCUCAACACCAACCUGCUGCUCAACCUGUCGCGCUGCAAGCGCAAGCUCAACGAGCCGUCGGAAGCGUUGGAGCUGGCCGCGCGCGCGUCGGUGUUGCGUCCGAACGCGUUCGAGUGCGCGUACGCCAUGGCGAGGUCCAUUCUGGCCCUCAACAAGCCCUCGGAGGCGCUGCCCCACGCUAGAAGGGCCCUCCUGCUCGCCCCGCCCUCGGACCUCCCCACCGUGAGGACCUUAAAGGCCCUGCAGCAAGAGGUUCUCACAAGGAUCAACGCUGGCGCCCACACUCUUAACGGCGACAACCGCUCCGUCAGGAACUUCGACAGCAUCAGCCUCAACAUGCCC